GCAUUGUGACUACAUGUACAGACAGUAUAGGUAGUCACCGACUCCUCCCCAAAGCGCGAGCCCAAUCUGCCUUUGCAAUCCCGGCGACUCGUCUCUUCCCUAGACUCGAAUUCCACCCCCUCUUCUUCUUCUUCUUCUUCUUCUUCGACGCAUCAUUCAGCGCCGUUGUCUUAUCGUCCGAUAUCGCGACUGAUCGAACUCGAUUGCUUGCUUUCACUCUGGGAGCCUGGCUCGGUUGAAGCCAUCCUUCGUCGCUUUUCCGGAGCCUGGCGUGCACACCGACCGAAAACACGCGGCCGAGGGAAUUCGCCACCACCUUUACCGAUAGGUGGGAUUGCGAGAUAACGCCGAACCGACUCAGUAUCCAAGGAAACUUCUUCCUCACGGGAAAAGUAAAUAUGGCUUCCCCUCCAAAACCCUGGGAAAGGGCCGGUGCUACAACAACAGCUGCCUCAACAGCGGCCCCGACUACCGCCUCAUUUGCGACCCCGACACCGGCAACCUCCCUUGCCUCCUCCGGUAGUACCCCGCCCGCGGUCCCCGAACGACCGGCUUCCCUCAACGCUGCCGUCAACCAGAACGCCGCUGCCUACAGUAGCGGUAUCGGUGCGACGAACGGCCCUUACGGAACCUACGGUGGCGCCUACUCCUCACCCUACAGCAGUCCGUACUCUAGGAUGGGCUCCUACGGCGGAUACGGCGGAGGCAUGUAUGGCGGCUACGGCGGCAUGGGCGGCGGCAUGUACGGCGGGGGUAUGUACGGUGGUAUGGGAGGCUAUGGAGGUAUGGGGAUGGGUGGAAUGCCCAACGACCCGAAUAGUUUGACGAACCGAUUCAACAACAGCACCCAAGCGACGUUCCAGAUGCUCGAGGGUAUCGUCGGUGCCUUCGGAGGCUUUGCUCAGAUGUUGGAAAGUACAUACAUGGCCACACACUCGAGCUUCUUCGCUAUGGUAUCGGUAGCCGAGCAGUUCAGCAACCUGAGGGAUACUCUGGGCUCGAUCCUCGGCAUCUUUACGUUGAUGCGCUGGAUCCGCACACUCAUCGCCAAGAUCACCGGCCGUCCACCCCCGGCCGACGCGACAGCGCUCACACCGGCAGCCUUUGCCAAGUUCGAGGGCCGUCAGCCCAUCGGUCCCGACGGCGCUCCUCUGGGACCUCCUAAGGCCUCCCGUAAGCCGCUCUUCUUCUUCCUUCUUGCCGCGUUCGGUCUUCCGUACCUCAUGCGCAAAAUGAUCAACACCAUGGCUGCCUCGGCAGAGGAAGAGGAAAGGCGUCGCAUGGCAAUGGCUGGCGAGCAACAACCUCUAGACCCCUCCAAGCUCGACUACUGCCGUCUUCUCUACGACUACACCCCUCAGCCCGGCAAUGCCGUAAAGGACGUUGACAUGGCCGUGCGCAAGGGUGACCUCGUCGCGGUCCUUUCCAAGAGCGAUCCUAUGGGCAAUCCUAGCGAGUGGUGGAGGUGUCGCGCCCGUGACGGCCGUCAGGGCUAUCUCCCAUCGACGUACCUCGAGGUCAUCAAGCGACCUGGCCAGCCUCUGGCCGCUAUCAAGGCUGCCCCUAGCGACAGCAGUCGAACCAACUCGCUGACCAGUGCCGUUCCGGAGAAGGCACCGGAAGUCAACUCGAAGAUUGGCGAUGUGUCACCAGAGAGCUUCCAGAAGAGCGUAUUUUAUAACUAAACAAGAAACGAACCUGCGGUCAGCGGGGCAACCUCGAUGGCAGAACGAUACGGUGGUGCUAUAGGUUUUCUUUGUAAGAUUUGUACGAUCCGGCACUCUUUUUGGGGGUUUCUUUUCCAUCUCGACAUGUUUUGAGGAGGUCCUCUGUUUCUUUUUGGACUCAAAAGCUGGGCGUUUAGGUUUACGAAUAAGUCGUGGCAUGAGAAGCGGUUAUGUGGCCGCUUGGUUGCUUUGGUUUCAAUUUGCCACGAAUACCCAAAGUGAAGCCACGAAGGCAGGUCGCACGUAUUAGGUCAAGAGAGUUAGCUGUUUAUUGAUGACGAUCCUUAUCACCCGGCAAGUCCUGAGCAAGAUUUUGCGAUGCGUGAUGGGCGAGAGGCGUGCGGCAAGAAGCGGGCACUCGAUGGCGACGAGUGUGCUGUUGCGACUUGACUGUGGCUUAGAGCAGAGCCUGGACUGAUUCACAUGAAUAUCCGC